ACGUGACAUAACAAACAUGUCUGCGUACUGUUCAAGAAGUGCAAUGUAAUGUUUUGCAACGUGUUGAAAAUUUUCAGCUUCAUUAAAUCUACAUUUUAUUAUAUUCACUGCCUUUUGGCAUUUACGCUUAGUUGUUAAAGAUGACGUCUGGAACCGCUUUAAUUUUUGACGAAGAGAUGACGCGCUACAAACUACUAUGGGUUGACCCAGCGUGUAAGAUCGAGGUCCCUGAGCGUCUGACUGUGUGUUGCACUGCUUUACAAGAGGAGGGUCUGGCCCAACGCUGUGUUUCAGUUCCUGUACGCCAAGCCACUGAUUCAGAGAUUCUACUGGUUCACAGUGAGGAGUAUCUGGAGGGUGUAAAGAAGACCCCUUAUAUGAAUCUGGAGGAGCUACAGACCUUCACCCAGCAAUAUGGAGACGUCUACUUCCACCCGAACAUCUACCACUGUGCCAAGAUGGCCGUCGGAUCCACUCUUCAGCUGGUUGACAGCGUGAUGGGAGGGAAAGUGAGGAACGGCAUGGCUUUAGUCAGGCCCCCAGGACACCACAGUCAGCGCAGUGCUGCCAACGGCUUCUGUGUUUUCAACAACGUGGCCAUCGCUGCCCAGUAUGCCAAGAAACACUACGGUGUCAAGAGAGUGUUGAUAGUGGACUGGGACGUUCAUCAUGGACAGGGGGUGCAGUUUGCUUUUGAGGACGACCCAAGUGUGCUCUACUUCUCCUGGCACCGCUAUGAGCACCAAGAAUUUUGGCCCAACCUGAGGGAAUCAGACUAUGACAAUGUGGGCAAGGAAAAGGGCGCUGGGUUCAACAUCAAUGUGCCCUGGAACAAGGUCGGGAUGGAGAACAGUGAUUACCUUUCCGUAUUCUUCCAUGUGCUUCUACCAAUUGCAUAUGAGUUCAGCCCAGAUCUGGUCUUAGUGUGUGCAGGCUUUGAUUCCGCCAUUGGAGACCCAGAGGGUCACAUGUGUGCCACCCCAGACAUCUUUGCUCACCUGACCCGUCUGUUGAUGUCCUUAGCUGGGGGGAAACUAUGUGCUGUUCUGGAGGGAGGGUACAACUUGACGUCACUAGCCCAAUCAGUGUGCCAGACUGUCCAGACCUUGUUAGGAGAUCCCACCCCACCAACGUCUGAACUUAACGGGCCGUGUGAGAGUGCUCUGGAAUCUAUUCAGUGCGUGAGAUCGGCUCACAAGCCGUUCUGGGCCUGCCUCCAACACACAGCCGCCCCGCCGGUACCUGAAUACAGCACCAAACGCUGCAAGCUGACGGAGGAGGGAGAGUCCAAGCCAGGUGAGAAAGAGGUGGCGGAGGACGUGAUGUGGAUGAAGCCCCCGGACCGGCCGGCUCCUCUGGUCCACACUGAAGUGGUGUUCCCUUCUGACCUGGACGUCCCAGACAGAUGUGUGAGUUUGUCACAGGCUCCGGCUCCCGAGAUGCUGCAAAGGGUCCGAGAGAACUUGGUUAGAGGCCCAGAGAAUGAGGAAUCUCUCACGACUCUCUGUGGUGUCAUCGCUCUCUUGGAGAAGAUGAAGAAACAAGAGAUCCGUAAUGGUCUGGCGCUGGUGACCGAUGUCACCGCGGCGAUGCUGUGCGCUGUGGAGCAUGCUCAGAUGUUUCUUACUAACCGGUUACUGCUGGUGUUCCUGGGGGAUGCGGAGAUCCCGGCACACGUCACCAAGGACGGGAAAUCACUGGUGGUAAAGAUCAGCAGUCAGGAGCCAGAGGAACAGACAUUCGGAAACCUUGUGUCCGUGGGUCUAAAAAAGGGCUGCAGUGACACGGCGGGGCUGAUGCAGAUUGUGCUCGGCCUCCUCCUUCCUCUGGCCUAUGAGUACGACCCAGGGCUGGUGGUGCUGGCGCGGGGGCCUGGCACUGAGCUUGGGGAGGCAGCCUGGCAGCAGGUCAUUGGCCUACUCCAGGGACUGGCACAGGGACACACCCUGGCACUACUACAGGAGGGUCAGAGGGAGGCUGUAGGGGCCACUGCAGCCUCUCUGCUAGGGGACCCCGCCCCCUCACUGGGGCCCCUUGGUGCCCCUUGCCUUGAGGAUAUGGAGGCCAUGGAGAGACUGAGACAGAGGCUGCAGACACACUGGGGACUACUGAAGACUUCAGUUGCUGGGGGAAGUGGCUGAAAUGGAAGGGCUCAGCUGAUCCAGAAGCAAGCUGAAGUGAUCCAAGUCUAGAACCUGUUGAGUUUUUACACAGGGGAUAAGAUCCAACACACUGCCUUCUAUUUUUACACGGUUUCCAAGUUUCUAAUUAAAACCAGUUUAACUGUC